CGCCUCUAGGCCGCGGCGCAAGCCUUAUGGCGUUGUCAAAAGUUGCGCAGGCGCAGUUGAAGCGAGGAGCAGCGUUUUGCCGGCGACCUUGAGAAAAGGGGGGAGGGUUGUCGGUUGACCGGAAGCGGAAGACGAACCAAAAAAAAGCACGUCGCAGCGGAGACAGGGAAGCUAGAGAGAAGAAGCGACCCUAGAACGAAGCUCAUUUAGUGCCGUCGUCAUUAUGCCUCGGGGAAGCCGAAGCCGGACAUCCCGCAUGGCCCCACCGGCCAGCCGGGCUCCACCAAUGCGAGCAGCAGCACCACCAGCUGCGCAUGCCCCUGUCCCAGCACCCGCACCUGCGUCAGCAGUGGCUUCUCCUGCCCCCAGGCAGCCAGGCCUGAUGGCCCAGAUGGCUACCACAGCUGCUGGCGUGGCUGUGGGCUCUGCUGUCGGGCACACGCUCGGACACGCAAUGACUGGAGGAUUUGGGGGCGGCUCUGAAGCUGCAAGGCCAGACAUCACUUACCAGGAGCCGCAGGCUGCCCAGCCCGCAGCGCAGCAGUCUCAGUACACACCCUGCCAGUAUGAAAUGAAGCAAUUCCUGGAGUGUGCCCAGAACCAGUCGGAUCUGAAGCUGUGUGAGGGGUUCAGCGAGGUCUUGAAGCAGUGCCGUUUUGCAAAUGGUCUAGCCUAGCAGCUGGGCGGAACGAAGUCCAAAUCCAUUAACGAAUGAUGCUUCACUAGUAAAAUUCUCUUUGAAGACGAAAAAGCUGUCUAGCAUUUCUCAUUUGUUUGCAACCAGCUGACCAGCUGCUCCCCCGCAAGAGCAUGGAGUCCUUUUCCCUGGGGAAAAGAUGGUGGUGAUCUAGUUCAGCAUCCAUUGGGGGGCUAGAGGGGUGGGCCCAACCACACUGUCCGUCCUUGCUCGUCUGCCUGUUAGUGGUGUGCUGACUUGAGCCUUAGAAUAAAAGUUGAUUGCUGUUCAGAAAAA